CCUCGCCUCCAUUCCUCAAUCAUUCCCCAGGACCAAACCCUCCUCCGCUCUCCGCCUCCGCCCACCACCGGCGGCCAUGGACGACCCGCAGUUCCUCGUCGGCACCCCCAGGAGCGAGCUGCUCGCCAAUAUGGAGCGCGAAGGCCGGGACCCUGCGACGCUCGACGUCGGCAUAAAUCUGGUGCUCUAUUUCGUCUACGACUACCUCCCUCACCCGCCCGUCUCCCCCGGCUCCGCCCCCACCCUCUCGCUCGCCGGCGCGUCGUGGGUCUCCGACGGCGUCGACCGCAUCAGCCGCCUCCCCGAUGUGCUCCUCCGCGACAUCAUCUCCCGCCUCCCCGCCAAGGACGCCGCGCGCACCGCCGCCCUCUCCUCGCGCUGGCGUCCACUCUGGCGCUCGGCGCCCCUCGCUCUUGUCGACAGCCAUCUGCUUCCGGACGGCGGCGCGGCCGGGCAGUUCACCAUCGGCGCUCCCUCUCCCCGCGCCGUCACCGACGCGGUGUCCCGCGUCCUCGCGGCGCACCCCGGACCCUUCCGCUGCGUCCACCUCACCCGCAGCACGAUGGAGGAGCACCGGGGAGAGAUGGCGCGCUGGCUCGACAUCCUCGUCGCCAAGGGGGUUCAAGAACUCGUCUUUGUCAACCGCCCUUGGCCGCUAGACCUGCGCCUCCCGGCCACGCUCUUCAGCUGCGCCUCCCUCACCCGCCUCUAUCUCGGCGUCUGGAGGAUCCCGGACACCGCCGCCGUACCGCGCGGCGCCAGAUUCCCCAACCUCAAGGAGCUCGGCCUCUGCAUGACUGUCAUGGAGGACCGCGAUCUGGCAUUCAUGCUUGAAAGAAGCCCCGUCCUGGAGUCCCUCAUCAUCAUGGGGAGCCAGACCGGAGUGCGCCUGCGCCUCGUCAGCCAAAGCGUGCGGUGUGUUCAGCUGGGAUAUACCUACUUGGAGGACAUCGAGGUGGUGGAUGCACCUCGCCUGGAGAGGCUCUUCCAGUCGGAUAAUUUUCGCCAGAGCGAGCUCACUGACCCCAGCAUCAAGAACUGCUCUUCCAAGAUCAAGAUUGGGUGUGCACCUAACCUGCGUGUGCUGGGAUACAUUCUGCCAGGAGAGCAAGAGUUGGGGAUUAGCAACACCGUCAUCGUGGCUGGGGCCAAGGAGAGCAUUGCGCCUAGUGUCCAGAUUUUGGCCAUAGAGGUGCAAUUCGGUUGCCGCAAUUCGAUCAAGAAAGUGCCUGGUUUUCUCAGAUGCUUUCCUAACCUGGGGACCCUCCAUGUCCAGUCCCCACGCAUACCUAAAGAGUCCACUGGCAAGGUCAAUCUCAAGUUCUGGCAGGAGGGUGGCCCCAUCAAAUGUGUCCUGCAGAGCUUGAAGAAGUUGUUCUUCUACGAGUUCCGUGGGUCAAGAAGCGAAGUUGCUUUCCUCAAGUUCAUCGCGGAGAGAGGUCGGGUGCUGGAGCAGAUGGUGGUCGUGGUGGCCAAGGAAUGUUUCUCUCCGGGAGGUGAUGGUGUGAAUGCCAAGCUGAAGCCUCUGACCAACGCAAAAUGGAACAGCAAAGGUUGCAAACUUGAGCUCUUCAAGAGCCCACUCACUGAUGUGGCAGGUCCAAUUUGCAGCCACCGACAUGCUUCUGAUUUGGGGUUUGCUGAUCCCUUUGACCUCAAGUACUACUACAAAUCCGAAACAAUCUCCGUAAGUUAAUUAGUAGCAGCAUGCGGUACCUCUUGUGGUGCAAGACUACUGGUACCUAGCUAGAUUUUGUGUUGUUGGGCCUAACAGUCAGGUGCUAAAAAACCUGCAUUUCUCCUGGCAAGCUUUCUGCAUGAUGAGGUUGUUACAAGGCUUAUGUGGCUGGAUGCUGCACGAUGAGGUUGAAUUAGAUAAAAAUAUUGUGGGGUAGUUACCAAUUUCUUCAAUCAACAGGGCUAUCUAGUAGUGUGUUUCUGGUUUGUCCAACUACAAUGUCAUUACUAUCUCGUGCAGUUGUUGAUACCAUGAAUCAAUUUGUUAUGCACUA